CAAAAGGUAAACUUGUUUUAAAUAAUCUUGGACAUCUCCUAAACAUUAAACUCUAUCUUAGUUUUCUAUAAUUACUCAUAAGAAAAAGUUCUCUGGAUAAAAACUUUAGUGUUCAAAGGAUACUAAAAAAAUAAGAAAAAAAAAGAUUAAAAUUCUCGUACUGGCAAGUGUAUUCAAUAAAUGAUUGAUCUAUUUGAUAUUUUUUUUUGUAUAGAAACAACAAGUACAACAACAACUACUGCAUCUGCAGUAAAUGUUUCUGCAUAUUGGACUUUUGAUAAUACAAUAGCAGAUUCAUAUGAUGUUUAUAACGGUCAACUAAUGAAUAGUGCAGGAUAUACGCCUGCUGCUUCAACUAAUCUACCAUAUGUAGGACAUGGUCAAGCACUUAAUUUAGUUGCAACAUCAAAUCAAUCAUUUCUGAUUUCGACUCCAUUUUUUAAUUUAAGUUAUACAAGUUUUACAAUUGAAGCUUGGAUUUAUUAUUCACCGUCUACCUCUGAUCGUGGAAUAGUUGGUCAAUGUCAAUGUGCAGGCUGUGCAAAUCAAUGUUUUUAUUUAAUUAUUCGAAAUAAUCGCUUGUAUGUUGAUUUCACAUCGAAUUAUUUAUCUGGUUCCACGAUCAUUUCAACUACUUACUGGUAUCAUAUUGCAUUUGUUUAUAAUUAUGAAACACGGCAACAAAUAUUAUAUCUCAAUGGAAUUCAAGAUGCUAUCAAAUCAAAUGCACAACCUUAUCAGGGACAAAAUGGAAGUAUUCAUAUUGGUUCAGCUCAAGCCUAUUCGACCACAAACUUUUUUAACGGUUAUAUUGAUAAUGUAGCAUUAACAACAAGAGCAAAAUCUUCGACAGAAAUUUUAUGUGAUGCAUCUUUAAUGGUUUAUUAUUCAUUUGAUUUUCCUAAUCCAACCGUUGACAAUGGUCCGAAUGGAUUAGAUGGAACAUCGAGUAGCAUAGCCACAGCUGCUAGACGUGUUAAUGAAGCAAUGCGUUUUCUUAGAGCAUCAUCAUCAUAUUUUCGAGUUUAUGGCAUUUAUCAGAUUUCUUAUGGGGUCACGAAUGGCAAACCAUUUUCCAUUGCUUUGUGGAUAAAUCCAGCCCUCAACCAGCAAUAUGGCAAUUAUUUAGAUGUUUGGGACAACUAUUAG